AGGUCGCCUUUGGGUGGCUAACUGUCAACAUAGAACCUGCCACUAAAAAAUGUACACUCGUUGCAGUCCCUUUCGAUUCGAAAUUCCGGUUAGUAAAAAAAAUAUUCAGCUAAAAAUCUAGAACCUAAAACCGUAAAACUAAACCCAACAAAACAAACAAAUAGUUAAAAAAAAAACGUUAAAAAAUAUAAAUCCGGAUGGAAACCAAAAAAUAAGCAAAAAGAAACGAUAUCUUCCAGAAAGCGAAGGAAACAAAUUGCAAAUCGAAUUCCCGAAGAAUCAAAUUACGAAAAAAGGAAAGUCCAAAUAGGAGAAGGGAUAGAACGUGCUAGAACGAAACUAGUUCCUCGAAAUGAAUCCCUUCCGGCCGAGGCAGCAGCAGCAGCCGCAGCAGCCACCACAGCGUGUGAGAUCGGAGCGUAUGCCGGGCGAUCGGGAGCGUGAGAUGGACCGCUCGGUGCACCGCCGCCUGCGGGACGCCUGGAUUCCGGCGGCAGCAGCAGCUGCAGCGGCGGCGGCGGCCACAGCAGCAGCAGCGGCUACGGUAGCACCCGGAAACGGAACUGGAACCGGCAACGGACCGGAAAUGCUCGCCGGAGCAGAAAUCGUACCAGUAGCGACACCAGUAGUGGCUAUGGGAGCAGGAAUGGGUCCGGUUGGAAUGGGAGCUGGGACAGGAACUGGCAUUGGCCUUGGAAUGGCAGCAGUGCGAUUACGUCACAACCACCAUCAUCCGCCCGAUGUGGAGCGGUUCAUGCUCAACCUGAGGAUCCUGCUGCUCCGGCAGAGUGCCGGAUUCAAUUUGGGUGCCGGCGAUGGCGUAUUCGUGUGGAAUUGGCGGGAACCGGCCAUGGCCACCGGGCAGAUGGGCGAAGGCGAUGGCGAUGUCGAGGAGGAGGACGACGACUUGGAGUUGGCGACAGUGGGAGCGGUGCUUCCACGUAUUUAACAAUCAAAAAACAAAAAAAAAAGAGCAUCUAUAAAAUUCCCGCACCUACUUUAUUGACUAUACUUUCCCUCCACUAUCUACUUCGCUCUUCCACUUUUUCCGUCUCUUCCGGAACCGGAACUGAAACCGCAGCCCGGUGAAGAGGAAUCCCCCGCCAAGCUCACAGUGUUGCCAUGUGUCUCGUUCUUAUUAUUUCAUAACCGGUUUGCCAAUAAACCGUUACCCGUUCGCCCGUUCACCCGUUAACCGGAGUCGCAGACGUCCACAUACAUCAUGCUACAUACGUACCCUGACCAGAUACGGCAUAACCGAUUCACCGAUGUGUCCGAAUGCUAUUUUUAUCGCCCGCCGGUCCUGUUUUAUUCCUGGAUCCUGAACUCUCCUAGCUGGGAGGCGGACGGAUAGAUGGAUGGAUGGAGGGAUGAGAUGCAACAGGAGGAGGAGAAGGAAUAAGAGAACAAGAAGGAUAACGGCGCGGGGAUCUGCGAAGGCUCACGCAUAUAAUAAUUUCCUGUUCAAUGAGCAAUUACCGUAAUAAAGAUACAACUAGGCGACUCCAUUACAAUGGA